UUGUUUCUUUCAAGAACGCUUACCAAACAAUGGCAACUAAGGUGUGGAUGCCACUACUCUGCAAGCAGCAUCCCCACAAUCCUCCUCUCUCUCUCUCUUUCAUUUUAAGCCCUUUUCAACAUAUGACCAUGGCCAGCAGCAACACCCAAGAUGGGCACCUCGACGCCAUUUUCAAUCAGAAACGCGCGCUUCGAACUCAGGUCCGAAAGACCCUCAAGGCCAUCCAUCCCUCCCAUAGAUCUCAACAAGACGAUGCUAUUCAAAAUAUAAUCUCGGAAGCCCCCUGGUUCAAAUCUAGUCUCAGAUUAUGCGCAUACAUAAGCUGCAGUGCUUUACGGGAGGUCGAUACAUCCAAACUUUUGUCGCAAAUUUUGCAAGACCCAGUCAGUGAUGGGAAAAAACUAUAUGUGCCGCGGGUGGAGGAUAAGAAUAGCCACAUGCGUAUGCUCAGGAUUUCGCGUAUCGAUGAUCUUAUUGCAAAUUCAAUGGAUAUCUUAGAACCAGCUCCGAUUGAUGCUUAUGGAAAUGCACGUGAAGACGUUAUGCAGGCAAAUGAACCUGUUGAUUUGUUUCUUCUACCUGGAUUGGCAUUUGACAAAUCUGGAAGACGUUUAGGCCGUGGUGGAGGUUACUAUGAUACAUUUUUGAAGAAUUACAAAGACCUUGCAAAUACACGGAAUUGGAUUCAACCAUUACUUGUUGCUCUGUCAUAUUCGGAACAAAUACUAGAUGAAGGAGUAAUACCGAUGACUUCAUCCGAUGUUCCAAUUGACGCUCUUGUUUCGCCGGCUGGUGUGAUUCCAAUCACUACGGCGGCCAUCAACAGAAUGGGUCCCUGAUACUGGACUGAAUCCGAACCUUUCAAUAUUGUAUCUUCAAUAGAAGCAUGGUUCCUUUGGAGAGUGGCGCUAAAGGGGACUUGGAUUCGGGGUUUUUCUGCAACAACGGUUAACUUUCCAUCAAGUGAUACAGGAAUGCCCUGAAUGAUUGCAUCAAUCUUGACUGAGUUGGGGUAUCGAUACGAUGAUAACAAUUUGUCAUUCAUCUGAAUUCCGUGUGUUUUAUGCUGCAGUGUUUGAACUGUUUGGUGUCAUGUACUUAACUGUUUUGAGAAAGCUCACCAUACAUUUAGUAAUGACUAUGUCAACUUUUUAUACUGAGAUCUUGAGUAAUUUUACUCUAGACAUUAAUGUGCUUUUCUGUUUGAUUUUAUCCUUACAACUACCA